CCCUCCUUAAAGCGCGCCAGAACCCUGCCUUGUGCAGGAACCCGCCCCAAGCCCACAAUGUCCUCCGCACCCUUCAGCAGCUCAGCCGCUGCAUCCCACCGACCCGCUGCCUAUCAUGCUCCCGCUGCCGCCUCAAAUGCACCCCCAGGCACGUUCCAGCCAGGCACGAAAGUCCAGGUGGGACACCACCGAGUCGUCAUCGAGAAAUACCUUUCCGAGGGCGGCUUUGCCCAUGUCUACCUAGUGCGGGUUCCCAAGUCGGUUGACAAGACCGAGGUUGCGGUCCUGAAGAGAGUUGCAGUACCGGACAAGGACUCUCUGGCAAACAUGAGGACGGAGGUGGAAACCAUGAAGAAGCUGAAGGGCCACAAGCAUAUAGUGACGUACAUGGAUUCACAUGCCUCCCAGCUGAAGGGAGGGGGGUACGAAGUCUUCCUGCUCAUGGAAUUCUGUAGCGGAGGGGGCUUGAUCGAUUUCAUGAAUACCCGGCUUCAGCAUCGUCUCACGGAGCCAGAAAUUCUCAAAAUCUUCUCAGAUGUAUCCGAAGGCGUUGCUACAAUGCACUACCUGAAGCCUCCACUUCUACAUCGGGAUUUGAAAGUUGAGAACGUUCUCAUCACUUCUUCUGGAUCGUCUAGGAUAUACAAGCUCUGCGAUUUUGGAUCCACGGCUCCUCCGCGCCCCGCUGCCACAACCGCUGCUGAAGGGAGAUUGAUUGAGGACGACGUCCAAAAGCAUACUACCUUGCAAUACCGGAGUCCGGAAAUGAUCGACGUCUACCGUAAACAGCCCAUCGAUGAGAAAAGCGAUAUAUGGGCCUUGGGUGUGCUAUUGUACAAACUUUGCUACUAUACAACACCCUUCGAGGAAGUGGGACAGAUGGCUAUAUUGAAUGCUAGUUUCAAAUUCCCUUCAUACCCAGCAUUUUCGGAUCGCACUAAAAAGCUCAUUGCGUCCAUGCUACGGGAGAACCCUCUACUGCGGCCAAACAUCUAUCAAGUCUUACGAGAAGUCUGUUCCAUGCGGCACACGGAAUUGCCGAUUAAAGACAUUUACACGAAUCGAUCUCAAUCAGAAUCUCGCCGGAAUGAGAGACUCCCCUCUCCAGAAUCUGACGCUUCAUCUCCACCAGUAAUUGGAAUACAAAAAGCCCUCCCAGUACAAACGGUACAGUCUAUACCAGAUAUUACCCCCAUGAGACGAGGCCGUCCUACAGGUCCAACCCAACACCAUGCCUCAGCGAAGCCAAGCCCGUCGCCUCUGAGAGGAGGCGGUGACCCGUUUGCUGCCCUGGACUCGCAGUCUGUCCAAGUAAGGAGCGCUGCCGCCGAUGAACUCGCUGCACGCUUUCCUUCGCUAGAUGAGUUCUCAAUUCUGCACGACCGCGGGACCAAAUUCCAAUUUAAUCCAUCCUCGCCGGUUGAUCCCAAGGAGGAGACAUUGAACAAGCGAGUGACCGAAGCUUUGGCCGAUGACGCCUUCGCUUUACCACCGGUCACAAAGGUAGAUUCUGCUCCGAACAUCAAACCUUCGUCCACGAUGUCCUCGUCAACAAUAUCACGGACAGCUUCUGUCAAGAAGCCCCAACCCACUGCUCCUCAAAAAGCGCCUGCGCGUCCAAUCCCGACUACUACCAUACUCCAGCCAGAACCACAGCGGCCUGGUAUGGUUUCAACGGGUACAAUGACAUCCCCCGCCCCGUCGCCAGCACCGCAGCAAUACCCAGAGGCCAACAAACGUCCCAUCUACCGAUUCCCUCCCACAGAGUCGUCCAGUGACCACCACCAUCGAACUAUGAGCCAGCCGCGAGCUAUGGACAGCGCAAGAUCAAGUGCGCCUAGCCUUCGACCCGAAUACGCGCUACCUCCGCGCCCUUCAAUACUUGAUGUCAAUCGAUCGAGAUCCCAGACUAGCGGCCUCACAAUACCUAGAUCGCCAGCUUCUUCUCGGCCCUCAUUGGAAGGUCAGCGGCCCUCAACACAGGAUAUUGGCGAUCCACUUGGUCGAUCCAAGUCAGCUAAUGCGCGCCUACGCCCCACCAGCGUUCACGUCGAGUCCAAUCUUGAUUAUCUGCGAGAUCGAGAACAAUCUCGAGGUCGAGGAAGCGGACAGGGAAACGUGAUGAAGAUUUUAGCCCCUGAGUCGGACUCGGAAUUAGACGAUAAGAACAUUACUUCGAAUGUGGAUUUCUUGCGUGCUAUAGAAGGUGAUGAUUCCACCAAAAAGAAGGACCAUCGGCGUAGUAGUAGUCAGAGCAAGCACAGUAAGCGGUCCAGUCUACCGUCGAUAUCUCUGUCGAACACCAAGAAUAUUCUAGCUGGUAGAUUCGGAGAUGCUUUCCGCCGAUUUGAGAGCAAUACAGCUCCGCAAGAGCCUCGAACUCCAACCGACCAACUCAUUGAUCGCAACGGCAAUGCGUUAACCCCUAUUGCUGGUUCUGAAGCUACGGGAGGGACUAGCGACGACGAACACGCCAUAGAUGAGACGCAGGAUCUUCCGCCAGAGGUUCGACGAGAGUUGGAAAGAAGACGGCUUUCGCAAGAAGAGAAGCGCGUUGCGCAGGCUGCAGCCGAAUAUCGCCAGCGUUUAGCUGAACAAGGCGACAGUGGAAAAGGCAAAGGCGGCAUUACGCGUGCCUCGACUAUCCAGAAUCGUGUCAAGACCCUGCUAGAUGAUAGUAAGGUGCAGCCAUCUCGAACCGCUGAAGGGUAUGGGAGAUUUACCGAGUCGGGGAAGGCCUUGCCGGCGAGGCCUUCAGAGGACCCCAACUUCAAAGCUCCUUUAAUAUCAAGAAAGCCAAUUGGAAAAACUACUGGAAAUUUACCUAGCGAUACGUCGUAUGCCAAGGCAAGACCAAUGCCAAUACAGGACUCUGGACCGCUCCCGGCCUCCUUCGUUCCAUCGUCGUCUUCAGCGGCCCCUGUAGCGCUGAGGACAGGCAGUCGGCCCAACGCACCGCCAAAACCGAAGGCCUUGCGUACGGGAGGCCAAUACGAAGCACCGAUAUCAUCAGCAGUAAAACCGGCUGCCCUCACCGGGAAACCAUUGCCGAAUCCGGCUGACGCUGGGGCGCCUCAAGGAGAUGAUUGGGAGGCCAAUUUCAGUAAACGGUAUCCCAGUCUUUCGGGAUUAGAGCUCGUGGAGACGGAGAUUGGAAUAGGCAGAAACUCUAGCUCCAGGACAAGGGAUGUAUAGACACCAAAGUAAUACAAUCUUGAGUCCUUAGGCUCAUCCCCGUCAGCCAGCUGAAAGUCUUCGGGCAUGUCUCGUGAAUAUCUUAUGUAGCGUCGUCUAGGGCGUAACCAAUGCACGUCAUAUCGUGAACGUCUAUCUAGAGUAAAUGAGAAAAAUCGCUCUCC